GGUAUGAGGUGCUAUCGGUUGUGAAUGUUAAUGUCCCUGUGUGUGCUUCUGUCUCUCUCGCUUUCCCUGUGCGAGCGUGUGUGUGCGCACCUCACUGCCUCUCCAGCCCAUCUCCCUGUCUGUAUCUGAGUGCAUGCAUCUGUGUGAAAGAGGGAGAAAAAUACAUCAGUUUAGCACGGACAUGCCUCUCUAACAAGGAGAAGAGGAGGAGAGAGUGAGUAGAAAGGGAGAGAGAAAACAGCAGAAUGACAAGGGACAUUUAAACUGCUCAUAUAUUCCGUCCACAAGCAGAGAAUCUAGAGAGACGAAGUCGGGGAGGAUAUAGACCUGUGCAGAUGCAACAUGCAGCCAGGUUCAAUUCUCGACAAGAGUCCAUGACAUAAACAGAAUACUUCUACUGGGAAUUGUUUUUCAUUCUUUUUUUUUUUUUUUUCUUCUCUCAUUUAUUUUCUCCAUUUUCCAAGUCAAUUCUUUUUACCCAGAAGAAAAGAGAAACAGCCAGAGGAAAGAUUCCAAACAACCUUGUCGGGGGGCAGAGAAGAAGAAGAUUGCAAGCAAACUCUAAGCAAAGCAGAUGGAAAUAAGAAGGGGCAAUGUGAAAAUCUAACCUCAAGCCUCCUGCCAGGAAUAAAGGACUACCCCCCCAACCUCCACACACCUCCUCGAUUUUGGAGAACCAGGGGCCAGAUAAUAUGCCUGGUGCAUAAACGUGUUCUGGUCUUGUGUUCAUGUUGUGUUUCUGCCUGUCACGGCAUGACAUCAAUGGAACUGACACAGGGAUGUAUUAAGAGAAGCUUAGGCUGUUCUGGCAGGUCCUAGCUUACCACCAGCUGCCUCUGUCCCUACCGGUUUUGGGGAGCGGUGCAAUGAUAAGGCUGGACUUGGGCUUGAGGAGAAUCGCUGCUGACAGCCUGCUGUAAUAAACCCACAGUACAGAAUAUUUAAACACAGACAUAACUUUCCACAAAUAAAUCACACAAAACUAUUUGGAGAGGAAGGGAAAGGAAAGGGGUAACCAGCUAUAUGACAAGUCAUUUACUCACCAUUCAAGUUUUUAACUGAGUUACAUGCUAAAUAUUUGCUACACUCAGUUCAACAAGAUGCUUUUGGAUUUGCUACUGAGUAAAGGAGAUUGGAGAUAGCCAGAAGAUUGCAUAUGCCUGGUACCUAAAGAAAGAAAAUCUGAGCUAAAGUGGCAGCCAAAACCCUUCGAGAUGUGUUUUCCACCAGUUUCGAACACUGCCUUUGUGCCCGCUUCUUCUAGGAUGCUAUUUUUAAUAGCCCUGACAUGUGCCAGUCCUUUUCUAGAGUUCAAAGAAACUCCAAGAACCCUCAAUGUGGCUAUAAUAUUCAGUGGUACUUCUUACCCACCAGAGAGUGCCCGGUUUUCACCCUCAGCUUUCAACAAUUUUUCUAUGGAAGUGAAUCCCGUUUCUGUAAUACUUAAUGACACUAAUCCACGCAGCCUUAUCCUGCAGAUAUGUGAUGUUCUCUCCAGCCUGAGAAUUCAUGGGGUUGUCUUUGAAGAUGACACAAGGACAGAAUCUGUUGCUCAGAUCCUUGACUUUAUCUCUGCACAAACAUCUAUGCCCAUCAUUGGCAUUAAUGGAGGAUCUGCCAUUGUGCUGACGCCCAAGGAAAAGGGGUCCACCUUCUUACAGUUGGGGUCUUCUACAGAGCAGCAACUGCAAGUUAUUUUUGAGGUUUUAGAGGAAUACGAUUGGACGGCUUUUGCAGUUAUUACCACUUUAUUCCCUGGCUAUGAAGAUUUUGUGGAUUAUAUUGAGUUACUAACUGAUAGUAGUUUUAUUGGAUGGGAAAAUCGAGGUGUCUUAACACUCAAUCUUACUGAUGACCCAAGUGGGUCAAAGCUUAAAAGACAACUAAGAGAAAUAACUGUACAGGUGCGACUGCUCUACUGUUCCAAGGAUGAGGCUGAUGGAGUAUUCAAGGCUGCAAGAGAAGCUGGGUUAACUGGACCUGGGUACAUUUGGUUUAUGGUGGGAACCAACUUGGGAGGCACAGAUUACAUGCCGGAGCAUUUGCCAGUUGGUCUAUUUACAGUUUUGUCUGCUGGAUGGAAAGAUGACCUCCACCGUAGAGUUCAAAAUGGAGUUGCUAUAAUCGCUAGAGGGGCUGAGGCUUUGUAUAAAGACUUUGGUUUUAUACCAGAAUUUAACAAUGACUGCAGAGCACCAAACCUCACUCACGCAGGUGAAAAUCUGCACAGGUAUUUCAUGAACAUCUCCUGGGGAGGAAAGGACUUCUCAUUUAAUGAAGAUGGGUACCUCAUCAAUCCAGCGCUGGUGGUGAUCGCUCUUAACAAAGAGAGGAACUGGGAGGUGGUUGGAAUCUGGGAGCAUGGCGACCUGCGCAUGAAGUACCCUGUGUGGUCACGUUAUGGGAAGUUUCUGCAGCCCGUGGAUGAUGACCAGCAUUUGACUGUGGCAACAUUGGAAGAGCGACCAUUUGUAAUUGUGGAAGGUGUUGAUCCAGCAACAGGAACCUGCAUUAGAGACUCUGUGCCCUGCCGCAAACAGCUCAACAAAACUGACAACCACAUCACAGACCCCAUCAUAUUUGUCAAGCAAUGCUGUAAAGGAUUCUGCAUUGACAUUCUUAAACGCCUUUCCAAAACCAUUGGAUUUACUUAUGAUCUUUACUUGGUGACCAAUGGAAAACAUGGGAAGAAGAUAGAGGGAGUAUGGAAUGGAAUGAUUGGAGAGGUGUUUUACCAGCGUGCCGAUAUGGCCAUCGGCUCUCUCACUAUAAACGAGGAACGAUCUGAAAUUAUUGACUUCUCGGUUCCCUUUGUGGAAACAGGAAUCAGUGUGAUGGUGUCCAGGAGCAAUGGAACAGUCUCCCCUUCAGCAUUCCUAGAGCCGUACAGCCCUGCCGUCUGGGUCAUGAUGUUUGUCAUGUGUCUUACUGUGGUCGCUGUGACUGUUUUCAUCUUUGAGUAUUUCAGCCCUGUUGGAUAUAACCGAAGUCUCUCCACAGGAAAGCGUCCAGGAGGAUCCAAGUUUACAAUUGGCAAGUCCAUCUGGUUGCUGUGGGCUCUUGUAUUUAAUAACUCAGUUCCAGUCGAAAACCCAAAAGGCACCACAAGUAAAAUCAUGGUUCUCAUCUGGGCAUUCUUUGCAGUAAUAUUUCUAGCCAGCUACACUGCCAAUCUGGCUGCCUUCAUGAUCCAGGAGGAGUACGUGGAUACUGUGUCUGGGCUCAGCGAUAAAAAAUUUCAGAGACCUCAUGAGCAGUACCCUCCAUUGAAGUUUGGUACAGUACCCAAUGGGAGCACGGAGAAGAACAUUAGAAGUAACUACCCAGAUAUGCAUGCUUACAUGAUCAAAUAUAACCAACGACAUGUGGAAGAUGCCCUGCAAAAUCUUAAGACUGGGAAACUUGAUGCUUUCAUUUAUGAUGCAGCUGUGCUGAACUACAUGGCUCGGAAAGAUGAAGGGUGUAAGCUAGUGACUAUUGGUAGUGGGAAAGUCUUUGCUACCACGGGUUAUGGCAUUGCUCUCCAAAAAGGUUCCAAGUGGAAGCGGCCCAUCGAUCUAGCCUUACUGCAAUUUUUAGGAGAUGAUGAGAUUGAGAUGCUGGAAAGACUGUGGCUAUCGGGGAUUUGUCACAAUGACAAGAUUGAAGUUAUGAGCAGCAAACUGGACAUUGAUAACAUGGCUGGGGUCUUCUACAUGCUUCUAGUUGCGAUGGGACUGAGUCUUCUGGUGUUUGCAUGGGAACAUCUCAUUUACUGGAAGCUACGGCACUGCAUGAGGCAUUCCGGGAGGCUUGACUUUUUAAUGGCAUUUAGCAGGGGCAUGUACAGCUGUUGCAGUGGAGAAGUUCCAAAGGCCAUAGACCAACAACUUCCUACCUUAAAUCAUUGUUAUCCACCACAAAGAAUACCAGCUCUUUCAAAUUCUGUGCCACCACCUCCACCGCCAUCUGCUCCUUUACCAUGUUCCAACUUUUUGCCACGAGAAAGGCGCAUAGUAGAAAGAUGGCGCCAUGCCAGAAGUCCCAACUGUUAUAAAGAUAUGUAUACUCCUACCCGCACUGUCCAUGAUCCUAAUAGCAAAGUGGCUGCUCCUCGUCAUUCCCAUAAGAACACAUUUUCAGAUGGCUUUCACAGAUAUUAUGGACCUAUUGAGCCUGAAGGUCUUUCAGAUCAUUUAGUAGAAUCAGGGCAGGCAUACAGUAAAGACAAAAAAUUAUCUCCAUGUCAAAUGUCACCACCAACUCAAAGGGAACACUUCCUAGAAAAUCCACCAUCUUAUUUUGCAAUUGUGCGUGAAAAAGAUGCUCCUGAGCCACCUGGGUGGCAGUCAAAAAUUUCAAGAGGACUUUAUGAAAAUUACCAAGGAGGAAAGGAACGGACUCCAAAAUCAGGUGGUGGAGCAAGGGGGAGUCGUACACCUGAAACAGCAGUUAAAAAAUUUGAUCACAUGGGAAGUAGUUAUCAAGGAAAGAGAACAUGUGAGAUGGAAUGUGAAGUUUAUAGUGGUGGUGGCCCAAAUGCGAGCACAAAUCGCCCAAAUAAAGCCAGUGUGGAGGUAUGUGAUGGUUCACAUUAUACAGGCCAUACAAGGUUUACAUAUGAAGAUGAACGAAGUUGCGGAAGAGAUUGCCACCAUAGACGAGAAGAGAUGGACGUGGAGUCCCAGCCCUUGCUCCAUAAACAGUCUAAACGUUCUCAUAUGUGCAGGAGCCAUUCUCACCCUCUGGUUAUGAAUGCCAAUCAAAGUAAAUUUGCUGACCUUUCAGAUUCUGAUUCGGAUGUGUGCGAGAGAGAGCCCCCAUGUGUAAAAUCUGAAAUGGGACAUAACUGUUGGUACUCACCAAAUUAUUUCUGCACAUACCCAUCUAGAGACAGACAAACAACAUCUGCACCUCGUAAACCCAUGAGAUAUUGGUCUGUGGAUAAAUUAGGCAAAUAUCGACAGUUAAGCAAGGAGUACCUUCCAAAUACUUGCCAUGGUUCUUGUUAUUGUAAUAGCUUAGAAAUGCUACAGCCUCACUGCCAUAAGGAGCCAAGAUAUUUCAGCUGUUCUGAUGAAAAGCUCGAAAGAAGAUUGGACUGGGAUCACUUACGUGGAGGCCAUUGCUCUUUUCUCCACCAUCAUCAUCACUCUUGUGACUUAACCCCUAUACAUCCCACCUCCCGUAGUUUGGAGGACCUAAGCAGAUGCCAUUUGCGGUGUCAUAGACACAUCUUCUCCCCAGAAUGUCAACCUAGAUCAAGUCAAAGCGGAACCCUUUAUAAAAGAAGGGGAUCUGCACAUUUCUCUAGUUUGGAAUCUGAGGUAUGACCAGUAGAACACAAACUUAUUUCAAGGCCACCAAUGUUUAGUAAUGGGAAACUUUUGUUCCACAUGAGUUGAAACCAAAACUUAAUAUAAACUCAGCUGUAGUCGUGAAAAAACUUUUGUCUUACAUGGGACAUAUUAUUAGACUAUAAAUCUUAAUAUCCAGAUUUUUACCUAUACCAAGGAUUUUGUUUUCUGUUAUGCAGUCAUACUGUUGCAGCUUUGCAUUAACUGGUUAAUGUUUUGAGAAGAGCUUACACCUAUUACCUACUGGCUGGACCAGCAGAAUGACCGAUUUGCAAUCAAUCAUGGAAGGCAUUGUUGUUGAGAAUAAUAAAGGAUGGGAGAUUCAACCAAUAUUUUAAGGAGAUUAAAUUGGAGGUCACAAAGUCUAACAUCAGCAAUUUAGUUACUUAACAAAACAGGGACAAUGGUAUAGAUGAUUUGGUAUGUAGACGUGUCAGAGAUGGAGACAAAUCAAGGAAUCGAUUAAUGGACACAACUUUAUUAGACUGUCCUCUUCUGCUUUUCUGUUUGAAGAAAAGUUAAGGGCUUAUUUAGACAUUUGUAACACUUUCAAGCACACUGCAAUAGAUAUAUAAAUAAUUGUGACUAGGUAAAAAUUAGUAUACUUAUAUAAUUAUUUAGCUAUAGUAUUCCUAGAUACCCCCCCCCCCCCCAGCCAAAACAAUGAAAGCCUUUGGCUGCAAUGUGCUUCUUAGCUUCAAAACUGAAUUUUUAAUGUAAAUUGUCAGCUGUAUCAAAUAAUACAUAUUAGUUGUAAGAAUUUUUUAAACUUUUUUUUUUAAUUUUGGAGACAAAACUGUGAUAUAUACAUAUAUAAAAAAAUGGCAAAAAAAUUUAGUACCCCUAAGUUUCUUGUUGUUGAAGUACGAUUUACAAUACAUACCAUUUAUUUUGAUAUUUUGUGAAAGGUUUGUUUUCAUAUAAACUGGCAAUGGUCAUGAGAUAGAUGUCUAGUAUUUAAGAAGUAAGUCCCAGUUCCUAAUUCAUAUUUUUUCUGCCACGGUCCAUUUUUAAUACAAGAAAAAAAAAACAAAGUGGCCUACUCUUGUAGCGAUGAGUCAUUGGCCUUUUCAGGUAAAUUCUACAUUCUGUCUUUUGAUUGUAGUGCUUAUUCCAGUUCUCUUGCUGAUCUAUUAUAUUACCCAAGCUGGGUACAAUUUCUGGGGUAUUGAAUUUGCCCACCCAUGCACUAAAGUUAAAACGCUGAGCCUGCACAAUGCAUAGCUCUUGCACAUAUUUUGUAAAAGAGAAACCAUACAUUUACACUGUUUGCAUGUUUCACUCUUCUACAUGAUAUACAGCAUGGGCUAUAUAAACAUACAGUGUAAAUGUUCCAGUUCACUAUAUGUAUGAUUUCCAUAGCUAGUGAAUGGAUACUACUGGUCAUUUUGCACCAAUCAAAUUGCAAAAUGAUAUCCUAAACAAUAUGCUGCUGUAUGGCUAUAUAUAUAUAUGUAUGUAUAUACGCUCUAACUACCCUUUUUAGCACUGUGACCCCUAAGUGCCACAAAUUGCUAAUCAGAUGUCAGUUCUGAAACAAAUCUAUGGAUGUGCCACAAUAUGCUCAACAGAUGUGAGGUCUAGGGAAGUCUUAUGGGAAUAUUGGAAAACAAUAAUGUAAUGAAGUCUCUAAACCAUUCACAUCUAUCUUAUACGGUGCACAGCAUGCAAUGUAACAUUACCAAUCAUAUACAGUUUAUGUCUGAGUGUGUGAAUAUGAAAGGUUUUGGAUCAUUUAAGGCUAAAUAAAGGGAUUAUCUAGUAAAGUAGAAUGUUUUAGGAUUAGUGACUGAAUAUACGAAGGCCCUUUAUAUGUAAAGGGAUUAUCCAGGAUCUUAGUUUCUCUCUACCAGAAACAGCACAAUUCUUGUCCUCAGCUUAUGUGUAGUGUUGCAGCCCAGCUCUAUUGAGGGGAAUGGAGCUGAGUUGUAACACCCCAAACUACCGUACAGGUGUGGCACUGUUUUCGUAAGAAAGUAAUCUUUUGAAAAUUUAGAUAACCCCAUUUGGGUCUUGCUGUAUUUAAAGUCUGGUAAGUCUAGGGAAGUAAUAGACUAGUUGAAAUUUUGAAUUUAACCUUAAAGGGGUACUCCACUGAAAAAAAAAAAUUAAAUCUACUGGUGCCAGUAAGUUAAACAGAUUUGGAAAUAACU